CCCGCUCGGGCCCCGCCUCCUUUUUUGUGCCGGUGACGAAUGUGUCGGGCUGGCGCGAGCGCGCGCGGGGAGAGGAGCAGCCCGCUCGGCGGCUGGGGAGCCAGCGCCGCCCCGCCGCGAUGGAGAGGCCGGUCAGGAGGAAUAAGAAAAUUGUUGAUUAUUCACAGUUUGGGGACUUUGAAAAUGAUGAUGAAGACUUUGCCUGUGUACCUGCACCUUUAAACAAAAAAUCUAGAGUAGUACCUACAGAGACAAAUAGAGAGAAAAAGGAGAAGCAGAAAAGGCCACACAAAGAGGUGACUACAGUGCUGAAGAAAACACCCAGUAAAAGGAUUCCCUUAGAUGACAAACUUUACCAGAGAGAUUUAGAAGUUGCGUUAGCCUUGUCAGUGAAAGAACCAUCUGCAGACAUCCUUGAAGUGCAAGAUUCAGAAGAACAAGGCAUUAAAAAAUUUACAGCUAUUGAAUUAGAAAAUGUAGACAGCAGUUCCCUCCUCUCCAACUGCAGUGCAGAUAGUGGUCUCUUAGGCCCCAAUCAGGUCCCAGAUGACAAUGACAUCCCCACAGAUGGUCAUAGGCAAAGAAGAGCAGCGUCUAAAGCUGUGUCACAGCAGAAGUUACUGACAGAUAACAGUGAUGAGGGAGACCAUGCUGAUAACUAUGAGUCAGAGUUUGUGUCUGAUGAGGAAUCAGAGAGUGGUUCAGAUUUCAGUGAGGAAGAUGAUGAAGACUUUGCUGCAAAAAAGAAGAAAACUAAAAAAAAUAAAAGGAAAGAAAUUAAGUUAAAGGUCCAAACAGAAAAAGAAAAGAACCCCCCCAAAUCCAGAAUUAAUGCUACAGCCAAAGUGACUCCAGUAGUUUCUUCUCCACGGGUAAUCCAAGCAAAAUCUCAGUCAACAUUGAAGGAGACAUCAAGUUCUCCAGAACCUAUUGGAGAACCUUUAUACGCAUCAAGUCCCUCAACAGACAAGAAGAAGCCCAAAUGGAUACCACCAGCUGCCUCAGGAUGCAGUAGUAACCCACUGGGAGGAAUUUCAGUUAAAUCACCUACUCAAAGUCUCAGACUUGGCCUGUCCAGAUUAGCACGAGUGAAACCGCUGCACCCAACUGCUGCCAGCAGUUGAAUGGUCUAUGAAAGUGUCGCUCACUUGAAGGACUACUGUUUGGAAAGAAUUGGGUGUGUAGUAGGGUUCUGUUGUUUUUAAACAGGGUUGGAAAUAAAUGAGCAGAAAACUGUUCAUUAAACUGUUCAUUCAGAGGGAGGAAAUGCUGUCGAUGUUGCUUGUCUGAUACUAAUAAAGGGCCUUCAUCCUUCAAGGUGCAGUGUACCACCAGUGAAGUGCUGAGCAGCUUCAGCUGCUGAAUAAUACUUAAUCAACUAGACCUCAGGUUGCUCAGCACCCUAAUGGAUCGCACCCAAAGAGAGGGAUUGUGUAUUUGAGAUUGUACCCUUCUGAUGUCUGUCCUCUUUUGGGGAAAAAAAAUAGGCAUUACAUUUUUAAAUUGCAUAAAAACAGAAUCUAAAAAGCAGUGUAUCAAUUAUGGAUCUAAAUAUAUAGACUGGAUUCUUAAUGUAACGUUAAAGUUACAGUUUUGAAUUCCAAAUGUUUAGUAUUCAUUCUGUUCAUAGUCCAAUUAAAGCUUCCCUUUAAUAAAGUGAAAUCAUUGUUCCUCUCAGUCCAGAAAAGUUGAUUCUCAAAUCUUUGUUAAAACUUACUGAUAGUUGUAUUUGUGUGGAUUUUAUUGCUAAGAAUGUAUAAUGUGCUGCUUAGAAAACUGUAUUUUUUAAAAAAGUAAAAUAAAAUAUAUUUUAUAAACAGCUAGUUUGUAAUAGUAGCUGCCUUUAU